AUGGAGGAUGAGGACGUGGCGAUCUGCUUGUUGUGCAGCCUCCCCAAGAGAUGCGAGAACGUCGUGCUGGACUUGGAGAUGAGCAGCGCGGAACUGCGGACGCAAGACGUCGUGAAAGUGCUGACGAUUGAGCACAUCAAGAGACAAGGAAACAAGACGACAUCGGUGAAGACUGAAGAAGCGACCAAGGCCUUCAGUACCGAGCGUGAGGUUCGUCAGUGUACGUUCUGCGGAAAGUUGGGGAACACGGUGGAAAAGUGCUGA